AUGAUGAAGCGUCUUCUCUCAUUAUUUGCUGUGUUUGUGUUGUUCAUCGUCCAAACAGAUGGCCAGUACUACGGUGGCUAUCCAUCUUAUCGCUACGGAUUUAACCCAUACGGUGGAUACCAACCACACGGCGGUUUUAGUCCAUACGGCGGUUUUAACCCAUACGGCGGUUUUAAUCCAUACGGCGGUUUUAAUCCAUACGGCGGUUUUAAUCCAUACGGUGGUUUUAAUCCAUAUGGCGGUUCUAAUCCAUACGGCGGAUACAAUCCACACGGUGGCUUCGGCAUUGCUGCCAAUCGAUUCGGAGGCGCCAAUUACACCACAGCUUCGCCCACAGAAGGAAAUGGCCUAGGUAACUGGCUGACCAACACUUUUGGCAACCGCACUUCUCAAAGUACGCAAGGCUCGUGGCACGGUGCUUUAAAAGAAGUAGCGGCUGGGGGAUUGGGAUUGCUUGCAACAGCUCUUGGGAGGAAGUGA